AUGUUCGCCGCUCUCGGCCGCAACAGUGCGGCUGGCACACGGCGCCAUGGCGGCUUCUCGCUGCCUUCCAUGGCCACCGUCUGCCUCGCAUUCGUCGCUCUUUUGGCUCUCAUCUCGUCUGUGAGCGCCGACGAGAAUGAAGACAAGCGCAAGAAUUACGGGACUGUCAUUGGUAUCGAUUUGGGAACAACGUGAGUCGGAGAGAGCUUGAUGAUUCAAUAGACGCCUAACGCACUCUUCGAUAUGCUUCACAGAUACUCUUGCGUUGGUGUGCAGCGCGAGGGCCGCGUGGAGAUCAUCACAAACGACCAAGGAAACCGUAUCACACCGUCUUACGUCGCUUUCGAGGCCAAUGGCGAGCGUCUCAUUGGUGAUGCAGCUAAGAACCAGGCUGCUUCCAACCCGGAGAACACGAUGUGAGCCACGAAAUGCUGCGCUAGGUCACAUCACACGUCUCGAGUCUGACGCCCUGUAAUUCUAACAGCUUCGACGCCAAGCGUCUCAUUGGUCGCAAGUGGGGAGAGUCCGAUGUCAAGAAGGACUUGAAGCACUUCCCUUUCAAGGUGAGCUCCACGCAGCUUUGAGUCUGGGCUCGCAUCACGAAGCUAAUCAGUGAGGCUCCUCUUGACGUCUCCAGCUCGUCGAAAAGACCGGAAAGCCCGCCAUCUCUGUUCAGGUCAAGGACUCCCAGCGCGUGUUCACGCCAGAGGAAGUGAGCGCCAUGAUCCUCCAGAAGAUGAAGGAGACUGCCGAGGCCUACCUCGGUCACAAGGUCACCCACGCAGUUGUGACGGUGCCAGCUUACUUGUGAGCCUUGCAGGCGCUACUGAUCGCCCCAUGUUGCAUUUCUGACUUGCCUGCAUCUACACUUUUCUAGCAACGACGCUCAGCGUUCUGCCACCAAGGAUGCCGGCACUAUCGCCGGUCUCACAGUUUUGCGUAUUGUCAACGAGCCCACAGCCGCAGCUAUUGCGUAUGGCCUGGACAAGAAGGGCGACUCCCAAAUUAUCGUCUACGAUCUUGGAGGUGGUACAUUCGAUGUCAGCUUGCUGUCUAUCGAAGACGGAGUCUUCGAAGUACUGGCCACCGCAGGUGACACACAUCUUGGAGGUGAAGACUUCGACAACCGAGUCAUGGAGUACAUGCUCAAGCAAUUCAAGAAGAAGGAGAAUGUCGAUGCCGCCGGAAACAAGCGCAGCGUCGGCAAGUUGAAGCGCGAGGUGGAGCGCGCCAAGCGAACUCUUUCCAGCCAAAUGUCUACCAAGAUCGAAAUUGAGAGCUUCUUCGAGGGCAAGGAUCUCAGCGAGACCCUGACCCGCGCCAAGUUCGAGGAGCUCAACGCAGACCUGUUCCGCAAGACCAUGAAGCCUGUCGAGCAGGUGCUGAAGGACGCCGGCGUCAAGAAGGAAGACAUCGAUGACGUUGUGCUUGUCGGUGGUUCUACUCGUAUCCCCAAGGUCCAGUCUCUCCUGAAGGUGCGUGGCUCGCCUCAACUUUGUCGCCCGCGCACGCGCUGACCUCCUAAGUCUUACCACAGGACUUCUUCAACGGCAAAGAACCUUCAAAGGGAAUCAACCCUGAUGAGGCCGUUGCAUGGGGUGCCGCAGUCCAGGGUGGUGUCCUCGGUGGCCAGGAAGGUCUUGGCGAAGUCCUCCUCAUCGAUGUCAACCCUCUUACACUCGGCAUCGAGACUACUGGAGGCGUCAUGACCAAGCUGAUCCCCCGUAACACCGUCGUGCCUACCAAGAAGUCCCAGAUCUUCUCCACAGCCGCGGACAACCAGAAUGUUGUGCUCAUCCAAGUGUACGAAGGCGAGCGUUCUAUGACCAAGGACAACAACCUGCUCGGCAAAUUCGAGCUCACUGGUAUCCCACCUGCCCCGCGAGGAGUUCCUCAGAUUGAGGUCACUUUUGAAGUAGACGCGAACGGUAUCAUGAAGGUCAGCGCCUCGGACAAGGGCACUGGUAAGGCCGAGUCCAUCACGAUCACAAACGAUAAGGGUCGCUUGUCUCCCGAGGACAUCGAACGCAUGGUCAAGGAAGCUGAGCAGUUCGCAGAAGAGGACGAGGCUUCGCGCAAGAGAAUUGAAGCUCUUAACCAACUGCAGGCUCUUAUCGCUUCCACUCGCUCGCAGGUCAGCGAUAAAGAUGGUUUGGGUGCCAAGCUCGACAAGUCCGACAAGGAGUCAAUCAACACUGCGCUCAAGGACACCGAGAAGUGGCUGGAAGAAAAUUCCGAGAGUGCCAGCGCCGAGGACGUGGAGGAGCAGCUCUCUGAGCUCCAGGCCACUUUGGCACCCAUCACCUCCAAGGUCUACGCCGAUGCCGCUGGUGGCAAGGCGACUGACCCUGAGGAUGAGCCCAUCACUCACGAUGAGCUCUAG